AUGCGGCGGCCUGGCCCCAGCGGCCGCCGCCCCCUUCUGCUGGUGCUGCUGCUGCCGCUCUUCGCAGCCGCCGCCUCCGCUGCCAGCCCCAGCCCCAGCCCCGGCCCCAGCGAGGCCGUCGAGGUCGCGGGGAUCCCGGGCCGCCGGGCCGGUCUUGCUGUUUGUCGGUGCUGCCCAGGCCGAUCGCCCAGGAGAAGUCGCUGCUUCAGAGCCUCCUGCAGGGUGGAGAGCUGCCCGCCGGAAAAGUGUGCCGGCCCACAGCAGUGCCUGACCCCAGUGCCCCUGGUGGUGCCGAGCCCCAGCCCCAGUGUGAGGAAGAGACAGGUGUCCCUCAACUGGCAGCCACUGACGCUGCAGGAGGCCCGAGCUCUGCUGAGACGCAGGCGGCCCCGCGGGCCGGGGGGCCGGGCACUGCUGAGGAGGAGGCCCCCACAGCGCGCCCCUGCCGGCCAGACCCGGGGGACCCUGGCGUCCGGCCGCGAGAGGUGA